AUGGCACAGCGCUUAAAAUGGACACUUGUACAAGAGAUUAGAAGUGAUACAUCACAGAUCCUGGACGAGACCAUUCCGCUCAUUAAAGACAAGGUGAUGGAGAUUAACCACAACUAUGCCAAAGUUGAUAAAUUAGAGGCAUUUGUUAAAAUGGUUGCACGCCAUAUUUCCUUCCUAGAAGAGCAAGUGCUUGAAGCAGUGAAGAGCCAUGGCACCUUUCUUAAUACUGUUUGCAAAUUAUUUCAGUGUGCAACUAUCUCGUCAUUUGAAAACAGACAUCCUCUAUCAGCAGCACGCUCCUAUGACCUGCCAAAACUCUACCGAACUGAAGACUUUUUUCCUAUGAGCUAUGUAGGUACUAAGUAUCAAAAUAAUUAA